AUUUUGCUACAUGUCAGAAUUAAUUCCCUUUAAAAAUAGGCGACUAAAUUACGAUUGUCUUUUUUGUUGACGUCACGUCGCGCUGUACGUUACGUUACAGGCCGAGCUUUUCCUUGAUUGGUCGUUUGUUUCCAGUUUAAAAGUGGAGCGCGGAGCGCGGAGGGCGAGCAAGUUGCGGAGACCUUUGCGUAUUCAAAUAUUAUCCACACGGAUGGAGUCGUGUUUAGCCGGGAGGCCGGAGAGGAUCGGCCCGGUGGAGGUGAACGACAUCAAGCGAGACCUGCUGGAUGAAUUCUCGGCUCUACCCAAGCAGGAAGAAGUUCCGAGCCGGUCGGAGAACCUGCAGGUCUAUCUGAGGGUUCGACCGCUCACAGGAGCAGAGACCGGAGAGUCGCAGGACUGCGUGGCCAUCGAGGGUCCUCACACUGUGGUCCUCAAAGCACCCCGGAGCAGGCAGGCUGACAAGAUCCCUCCUCAGACUGCUCAGAGGUUCACCUUCACCCAGGUGUUUGGACCAGAUGCCAGUCAGAGGAAAGUGUUUGAGGGAUCAGUUCGUAGUUUGGUGCGAGACGUUCUGCGUGGCGAAAACUGCCUGCUGUUCACUUACGGCGUCACCAACGCUGGGAAAACCUUCACCUUCCUCGGUCCGGACCACGACAGCGGCCUACUGCCUCGCUGUCUGCGGGUGAUCUUCAACAGCACGGAAGGUCGUCUGUAUGACGGCUGCGAUCUGAAACCUCACCGUUGUCGAGACUUCGUCCGACUGACUGCGGACCAGCAGAGGGCGGAGAGCGCCGGCAAGACCGGUCUGCUGAGGACCGUCAGAGAGAUUGACAAAAAUGCCACUGCCAGAUCAACUUCUCUUGAUGCCUCGUCUCUCAGCUCCGACUGCAGCGCGAGCGGCGUUUCUGAGAGCGACCGCUUCGCUCUGGAGGUGGCUGCCAAUGUUCGCUUCUCCGUUUGGGUUUCCUUCUGCGAGAUUUACAACGACAACAUUCACGACCUUCUGGAGCAGGUCGCAGGUGGACACGUGAAGAGGACGGUGCUCCGUCUGUCUCAGGACAUCAAAGGAAAUUCCUUCAUCAGGGACCUGAAGUGGAUCCAGGUGAGCAGCCCAGAGGAGGCCUACAAGGUCGUGAAGAUCGGCAGGAAGAACCAAAGCUUGGCCUCCACCAAGCUCAACCAUCAGUCCAGCAGGAGCCACAGCAUCUUCUCCAUCAGGAUCCUCCGAGCGGACGACUCCGCCGUUCCCAGAUUCCUCGGCGUCAGCGAGCUGGCGUUGUGCGACCUGGCUGGGUCGGAGCGCUGCUCGCGCACGCGCAACACGGGAGAGCGCCUGAAGGAGGCGGGAAACAUCAACAGCUCGCUACUCGCUCUCGGGAAGUGCAUCCACGCCAUGAGGGUCAAGCAGAACGCCAAGUUCCAGCACCACGUUCCCUUCCGGGAGUCCAAGCUGACUCACUUCUUGCAGUUCUUCUUCUGUGGUGCCGGCAAGGUGUCCAUGGUGGUCAACAUCAGCCAGAACUCCUCCUGCGUGGACGAGACGCUCAACGUCCUCAAGUUCUCCGCCCUCGCCCAGAAGGUGGUGGUGUUGAACUCCCAGCCCGCCGGCCUGGACGACUCCUCCCUCAGGUCGGCCAUGGAAGUGUCCGUCCUCAUCGACCGGGCCGACCGGCGCAGGAACCUGUUGGCGCGCGGGCGCAAAAGCUCCAUGGUGGCCUGGGAGACCACCCUGGAAGACGUCAUGGAGGACGACGACGGCGGCGAAGAAGAUGCCGAAGACGAGGAGAGUGGGAUGGAGGAAACGGUGCUCAAGGCAGAAGAGGAGGACGGCGAUGGGGAGGAGACCAUGGAGGAGGAAGUCAAGUUGGACAGGGAGGCGGCGUUCCGUUUGGUUGUGGAGGCCAAGAUCCGAGAAGAAGUCUGCGGCGAGUUCAUGGAAAUCUUCAACAAGAUGGAGCGAGACUACAGCGAGCGUCUGGAGCGGGAACGGCAGAUCCUGGAGGAGCGGGCCGAGACCAGGCUGCUGAUCCAGAAAAACCUCUUCAUCAGAACUGCCGGCCUGCGGCCCCCACAGGAAGAGGAGGGGGCGAGCCUUGCGGAGGGAAUCAUCCGCUCGGUCGGCGAAGACCUGAAGAAGAUCCGAGCGGACGCUCAAAGCGUGCACCGACAACUGCUGCUGGCCAAUCAGGAGGACGAGGGCCCGAGCGCCUUCCACGCCAACAUGGCCGACCUGCGAAGGGAGCGGCGGGCCGCCGCGGAGAGCUCCGCCCGCAAAUCCAAAAUCAUCCAAGAAGUGACGCAAGAAAAAAUGCGCAGCGACAGCAAGUGUGAACGGCUCGCGGAGGAAUUGGCAAAUCAGAAAGCGGCAUACUGCCGCCAGAUCGGGGAGCUGAGGGCGGAGCUUGAGCAUCAGGGCGCAGCUCUGCGGAGGAAAAUAGACGACGACCUCGCGCGACAACAAGAACGCCGGGAUAGGCUCCGGCACCCCCGCGACCCUUGUGAGGAGAAGCGGCUCAGAAAAUGGAUGGAUGGAUGGAUGGAUGAACUUGAGCGUGUCGUGCGUGAGAAGGAGGCGCUGGUAGAAGAGCACGAGAGACAGACGGACGCCCUCAGACGAGAACUGGAGCGGCGCCGGCACGACGAGGAGCGCGAGGAGAAGGCGGUGCUGGCGGACGAACCGGAGGAGGAAAUGCACAGGCCGUGGGAGAGGCGGAGACAGGAAGAGCCGUCGGUGUGCGCUCAGCCCGAAGUUUCUCCUUUCAACGCCAUCCAAUCGAAAGGCAAAAGUUCGGCGAGGAAAAGGAAAAGCUGCCAAGUGGAGGGCUUGUCAUCCAGCGACAACAAGCGGGCGAACAUCAGAAGCGUCACGCAGCAGAAGGCGUCGCCGUCAGUCCUGAGCAGCGCAGCUAAAAGCGUCUUUGGACUGGUUGGCUCUGUCACCAUGGCAGCGAAACCCAAGAGAGGACGGAGGAAACUUUACGGGAAGGAAGAAGCCGCGCCGCUCAUCAUCUCGCCGCACGCGACGUGCACGGCGGCGGAUGCAGACGAAAAGGAAAGUGAUCACAUGAUCAUGAAGCGCCAGCUGCGCUCCAAGACUGGCAGGAAGUGACAUCAUCCUUGUGUUUUUUUGAUUUUACAUUUGUUUUAAUUGAAGAUGUUUGUGUUGUUGUGGGUUUCUGACUUAAAGGAAUCUGUUUUCCUCGAAGGAAAUAAAAUGGUAUCAUUCAAAAGCCUUCA